CCUCACCAACAUUGAACAGCUCGCGAAUUUCGGGGUAAACAUGCCGGUGCCGCGAAAGGAUCCGACGCCUCGCGCACCCCGCGUCGUGAAGGCAAAAGCUGCAGCAACCCGAGAGACCCCUCAGCAGCCUGCAAUAGACGUUGAUAUGCCCGAUGCCGCUCUGGCGGCCGCAAGAAAUGACGCUCAUGCAGACAGCGAUAUCGAAAUGCUUGAUGGUGCUCCCCAGCCACCAAAGCAAACCCGAAGGCGGAGAGCGCCAGCACAGAGCAACGGCGUCGACGAGUUUUCUGCCCUCCUAGAGCCGUUCUACUACGGGAAGGCGAUCACAGAUCCCAUCAAUACCGCAGAGGAUAAGUGGAAUCUACUGCCGGCUUUUCUCAAGGUCAAGGGUUUGGUCAAACAACACAUUGACUCAUUCAACUACUUUGUCGAUGUAGAGCUCAAGAAGAUCAUGUUGGCGAACAACAUUGUUAAGAGCGAUAUUGAUCCAAAGUUCCACUUCGAGUAUACAGAUAUUCGCGUCGAGUGGCCGACACGUUCCGAUGAAGACGACCUUACGAACCACAAAAGUAAUGUCACUCCACAUGAAUGUCGCCUCCGAGACAUGACUUACGCCGCCCCGAUCAAGGUGGACAUUGUAUACACGAGGGAAAACACCAAGAUGAAGAGGGUAAAUAUUAGAAUCGGAAGAUUGCCUAUCAUGCUGAAGAGUAAUCGGUGUAAGCUGGCUGGUAAGAACGAUAGAGACAUGGCCUACAUGAAUGAGUGUCCGCUCGACCCUGGCGGCUAUUUCAUUGUGAAGGGCCAGGAGAAAGUCAUUCUCGUUCAAGAGCAAAUGAGCAAGAACCGUGUCAUCGUUGAAAGCGCCAAAGGAAUCAUUCAAGCCAGCGUCACUAGCUCAACCCAGGAACGAAAGUCGAAGACAUACGUUCUGAGUAAAAAGGGUGUUAUGUUUCUCCGGCACAAUACCCUAUCCGAGGAAAUUCCGAUUGUGUUCGUUUUGAAAGCGUUGGGAAUACCAUCAGAUCGCGAGAUCCUGAUGAUGGUAGCUGGAGAAGACAGCGCGUACCAGGAUAUGUUCACUGUUAACUUUGAGGCAUGUGGAAGAGAAGGAGUUCACACGCAACAGCAAGCUCUUGAGUAUAUUGGUCACAGGGUUCGGAUCAUGAAGAAACCACAAGGAGGUUUCCAGAGACGGAACUACUAUCUUGAGGCCAUCGAAUGCUUGUCGUCUGUUAUCAUUACGCACGUUCCCGUUGUUGGCACCAAUUUCAGGCAAAAAGCACAGUACAUUGCUUUCAUGGCCAGGAGAGUGCUCAUGGCCAUCCAGGACCCUAAACUCAUCGACGAUCGUGACUACGUCGGAAAUAAACGACUUGAACUAGCUGGCCAGAUGUUGUCUCUUCUUUUCGAAGACCAUUUUAAGAAGUUUAACUAUGACUUUAAAAUGAGCAUAGACAAAGUCCUGAGGAGGUCACACCGAGCGUCAGGAUUCGAUGCAUACGCCCAUUUUAGUGUUCAUCAAAACCACAUUACGAUGGGUAUCGAGCGCGCAUUGUCCACUGGCAAUUGGAAUCUACGGCGAUUUAAGAUGGAACGAGCGGGCGUCACGCAUUUGCUAAGUAGGCUCAGUUACAUCAGUGCUAUUGGUAUGAUGACUAGGAUUACUAGUCAAUUUGAAAAGACUCGGAAAGUGUCUGGACCUCGCGCACUCCAACCUUCGCAAUUUGGUAUGCUCUGCCUAGCUGAUACACCCGAAGGAGAAGCGUGUGGUCUAGUUAAGAAUCUAUCUUUGAUGACCCAUAUUACCACCGAGGCUGAAGAGGGCCCCAUUCGUAGGAUUGUAUUUGACCUCGGCGCUGAGGAUAUCACCGCCUUCACUGGAGAGGAGAUUCAUGCCGAGGGAGUAUACUCUAUCUUCCUUAAUGGAACGCCUUUAGCGACGACUGACAUGCCGAAGCAGUUCCUUAACAACUUCAGACGGCUCAGGCGAUCAGGACGCAUAUCCGAGUUUACAAGCAUUCACAUCAAUCAUCACUAUAAUGCAAUGCAUAUCGCUACGGAUGAAGGGCGCAUCUGCCGGCCACUGAUUGUCGUGGAAACUGGCCGGUCUAAAGUCACAGCGCGAUAUCUCAAAGCUUUGCGCAAAGGGACAAUGGCUUUCGAUGACUUCCUUUCUCGCGGACUCGUAGAGUAUCUUGACGUCAACGAAGAGAAUGACUCGAACAUCGCCACGUAUGAGAAGGAUAUAAACGACCAUACCACUCACCUCGAGAUCGAGCCCUUCACCAUCCUUGGAGCUGUUGCCGGCUUGAUUCCUUACCCCCACCAUAAUCAAUCACCUCGAAACACCUACCAAUGUGCUAUGGGUAAACAAGCUAUCGGCGCCAUUGCGUACAACCAGUUCCAGAGGAUCGACACCUUGCUGUACCUGAUGGUGUACCCCCAAAGCCCGUUAGUGAGGACUCGCACUAUUGAGCUUGUCAAGUAUGACAAGCUUCCUGCCGGGCAAAAUGCCGUUGUAGCUGUAAUGUCUUAUUCGGGGUACGAUAUUGAAGACGCCUUGGUGCUCAACAAGGCCUCUGUUGAUCGUGGUUUCGGACGGUGUCAAGUCUUCAAGAAGUCUGCCUGGACUCCGAAAAUGUACCCCAACGGAUCCGCAGAUAUGGUCCUGCAGAAGUUUGAGUCCAAGGAAAAGAAAAACCACGCUCUUGGAGUAGAUGGAAUGGCUCAGGUGGGAUCGCAGCUUUUCCAAGGCGACAGUUAUAUCAUGAAAGGAGCUCCUAAAGAUUUCGGUUCAGUCAACCCCGCAAUCCAGGAGUGGAAAGAGUCACCAUUGAGCCAUAAGCUCCCGGAUCCAGCAUACGUGGAUCAGGUCUGCGUUACGGAGAACGAGACAAGUGGGCAGCCGGUUAUCAAGGUGUUGUUGAGACAGACCCGGAGACCAGAGCUUGGCGAUAAGUUCUCUUCAAGACAUGGGCAGAAGGGUGUCGUGGGACUCAUCUCGCCGCAAGAAGACAUGCCAUUCAGUGACAAAGGCAUAUGCCCGGAUAUUAUUAUGAAUCCUCACGGUUUCCCAUCGCGUAUGACAGUUGGUAAAAUGAUGGAACUACUCUCUGGAAAGGCUGGCGUCUAUGAUGGAUCCUACCAGUAUGGGACCGCGUUCGGAGGUAGCAAGGUCAGGGAUAUGGCCGAAAUCCUUUUACAACACAACUACAGCUAUUACGGAAAGGACUACCUGACAUCUGGGAUCACCGGCGAAGCACUUCAGUUCUACGUCUUCUUCGGACCGAUCUACUAUCAGAAACUCAAACACAUGGUCCAAGACAAGAUGCACUCUCGAGCUCGCGGCCCCCGCGCCAUCCUCACUCGCCAACCGACAGAAGGUCGUUCCCGAGACGGUGGCCUGCGUCUCGGUGAGAUGGAGCGCGAUUGUCUAAUUGCGUAUGGUGCGAGUCAAUUGCUACUCGAGCGGCUCAUGCUGUCGUCGGAUCAACACGAGGUCGACAUCUGCUCAAAGUGUGGUCAGAUGGGCUACUCCGGAUGGUGCAAAAUGUGCGAGAGCCAUGAGGCGAUUCAUCAGUUGACGAUGCCGUACGCAGCAAAGUUGCUGAUUCAGGAGCUGAGCAGCAUGAAUAUCAAGGUGUCUAUUGGGCUUGAGGACGAGUUUCCGAGAGAGUGAGUUUAAUACCCCUUUUGCAUAAUGAACCGACCCGUGUGUCUACCUGCCUGCCCCUGCCUGAUGAAGUUGAGUUGGGAAUCGGUGAGCGAAGAGGGGAGAAGGAAUGGUGGAGAUCAAAGUCGAUAUGUUGCAUUUACAUGGUUUAGCAUUUCGCAUAGAUGGCAGUAGGGUGGGAUGGGAUAGAUAUAUCUAAUGGUACUGCAUCUUCAUGGACGGUGUUGGGAGUUUUCUUGUAAUUACUUCAACGGCGAUUCGUU